AAACCAUUAAAAGAAAUGAAAUAUGGAAAGAAAGAAAAAGAAUUGAAAUUGUUAAACACCACGACUAAAAGUAAAUUAUGAAUACAUAUGUUAUACGCAACUAUGAAUGAGAUCGUAUGUUAACUAUACAGAUUGACGUGAAGAACACAACAGAAGCCAUGUGUGAUGGAGAGUUACAAAUAUCGACAGUUUGAUGUGGUGGGAGGCUGAUAUUUCAUAAUUUGGGACUGUUACAUGAAUUCAGAUGAAGUUGUUUUCAUGGAGAAUGCAAAAUCGCCAAUGUGGUGUUAUAGCGGCAGUAGUGACUUUUUGUACACUUGCGUGUGUUCAUUUACAUGGGGAACUUAGAAAGCUAGGUUCUGCUGUAGCCCAAUUACAAGACGAGAGGACCAAGUCCAGAUCCUUUUCCAAUUCUUUAAAAUCAGGUCAUCACCCCAGACAUUUAUCUGCUGCCAGUGACCAGGUACAUCAAAAGAAAGUUCCAGAAAUAGUCCAAGUUGAGAAUACUGGCCAUGCAGAUGAGGACAUGGUUAUCAUCUAUAACCGAGUUCCCAAAACUGGCAGCACUUCCUUUGCAGGGAUUGCAUAUGAUCUUUGCAAGAAAAACCAUUUCAAUGUUCUGCAUGUCAACACCUCCAAAAAUGCACAUGUUAUGUCAUUAUCAGAUCAGAUGAAGUUUGUCCGAAACGUGACUGAGUGGACAGAAAAGAAACCAGCCAUUUACCAUGGACAUACAGCAUUCCUCGACUUCUCCAGAUUCGGAGUGGCCAAGUUACCAAUCUAUGUGAACUUAAUUAGGGACCCACUGGAGCGCCUAGUUUCCUACUACUAUUUUGUUCGCUAUGGCGAUGAUUUCCGACCAUUUCUUAGGAGACGAAAAGCAGGCAAUACAGAGACCCUUGAUGAGUGUGUCCAGAAGGGAGGCAGUGACUGUGACCCUGUGCAUCUCUGGUUACAGAUCCCAUUCUUCUGUGGACAGGACUCAAUGUGCUGGGAGCCUGGUAAUAAGUGGGCGCUAGAGAUGGCCAAAGAGAAUGUACUUCGUCACUACCUGGUGGUGGGGGUCACUGAAGAGCUCCACGACUUUGUAGCCGUUCUUGAGGCGGUCCUCCCGAGGUUCUUUAGGGGGGCUGUCAAACUGUUUGAAGAAGGUAACAAAUCACAUUUGAGGAGGACUUCCCACAAGGUGCCCCCAAAGCCUGAAACACUAGCCAAGAUACAGGACUCAAAAAUUUGGAAAAUGGAAAAUGAGUUCUAUCAGUUUAUUCGUAAACAGUUUCACUUCAUUAAAACGCAGACUUUUGAUCUGGUGAAUGGACAGUAUGUGGAAAAGAGUAACAGAUUCCAUUACGAAAAGAUCCGACCAAGAUAGCUAUUUAGAAUGAUGAGGAGUUAAGGGCCCUUUUGUUACAUCUCCAAACCAUGGUGCUGAAAUUCUUAUUUUGUAUGAAUGUAUGUAUGUCUCUGGUUUGCUGAUGAUCAUUAAUGAUUAUAAAUCUGUUCUGAGACUUAAAGGGGCAUUAGCUGUGAAAGUGAUGGCAACCAUUUUUUUUUUUUCCAAAAUCUCUCGAUGGCAUGGGAAUAUAUAUUGCUGACUAAUAAAAACAUUUAUUUUGUACAAAUAGAAGAGAAACUUAGGAAAAGUAUGAUAGAUAUCCACUUCUAGUGUAAAGAAAUAUCUAAAGAAUUAUUGUCUUGAAAGACAAUAAUUAUUUAAUCACCAAAAUCACAUAUUCAUGUGCCUAUUUUGAGGGUAAAAAGUGUUUGAAAUAAUUAGAUAUUGGUGUUAUAACUGAAAUAUAUAAGAUAGGACAAUUUUCAUUGAAUUAAUUUUUUUGUAACAUAAUGACAGCUAAUGCCCCUUUAAAGUUUUAGAUAUGCUGCUCUUGUUUUAUAAAGGAUUUUAUACACCAUCAUGCAGUGAAAUUUGUGACAUUGAGCAGGAUUUUAUUUUAAACCUGUAUAAAGGGCUGAUGUAUACAGUGAUACAUGUUAAUGUUUUUGUUUGAUUUUAAGCAUUCAUCAUAUAUACACUUGUUAAUUAAACUAGCAUUUGUGUUAUUCGUAAACUUCAGUGCAACACUGUUGACAUAUUAGCUGACAUGAAAUUUGUGGUGAUUCUGUGUGAUAAGCUUUUUUUAGUUCAUUUGAACUGAAAUCCAAGUUAGCUUUUCUGUUUGCCUGUUGUCUGUAAACUUUUCACAUUUUCAACCUCUUCUCAAGAACCACAUAGCUAAUUUCAACUAAACUUGGUGUGAAGGUUUCCUUAGGUGAAAAAGAAUCCAAGUUUUUUUUUUAAAUGAAGGACCACCACACCGUCUUCAAAGGGGAGAUAAUUUAGAAAUAGUAAAAAUAGGGUGGUGUGUUUAAAGAAUCACCUUAAGAACCACUGGACCAAAAAUGUAAAAUGAUUCAUUAAGCAGCUUCCUUGUAUAGUGAAGAUUCAAGUUGGGGCAUUUACAGUUUUACAUAACAAUAUAUAGGGAUAUUUUAAAAACCAAAUUCUUCUUAAGAAUUUGUCAAAUUAAUAUGCAAACAUCCUUAUGUAAUAUAGAAUCUAGUUUGCGCAAACCAUUGCUCCUGGGUAGAGGAUGGGGCCGCACUGCUGAAGAUCAGUGUUUGACAUAUGAAAAUAUAUUAAUUUCAUUAUUUUGUGGAAAAUCAUCUACUCAAUAAUCCUUAGUUACAAGUCAGUUCACACCAUGCUCAAUAUGGCCAUGUAGCAGCCAUAACUGAGAUUUGAUGUUUUCACUUCGGAAAAUGUAAAUUGUUUAGGUGAGUGAUGUGAGCCAUGGGUCCCUUGCUUUCUAUCGUGUUGUGAAAGCUAAUCUGAGAGUCGACAGAGAAGUUUAUUUCUUAUUUUGAAAUCAAAUACAUAUCAAGUUAGAGAGAUACUAACCACCAUAUUUUGUUGUAUUCAAAUAGUACCUACUUAUGGUGCAACUAUUUUGUCAGUAAAAUAUUUAUUGCGUAAUCCAACUGUUUGACUGGAAAUACAUGUAGCAGUUACUUCUCUUGUUAUGAUGGAAUGCAUGCAUCACUUAACAAGAAGCUUCAAGAUGUGAAGCUAGACUGGUCUUUAGGUAUUUUAGAGCAUCUUCAGAGGAACAAUUUUAGCAUGGAUAUACACAUAUUGUAGAAUCCAGAAAAUUUUCAAGGGAGUGUCACAGCCCAGCCUAGUAGUCCCGAGUAGGGGCUGUAAUCCCCAAAAUGGCAUUAACUGAUUUUUUCUUAUUAAGCUUUUUCACCUCAUAUGUGGGUUGCACCCCCAAACCCCUCUUUCUAUUUCUACGUCUGUGCACAGGGUAACUUGCCUGUACACACCUCAACUCUUAUUUCCAAUAGUUUACCAGAUUGUAUUUUCUUUAAUUGAUAGAACAUUAGGUUUUCAAACAUUCCAAUUCAGUCUGUAUAUCAUCUUUGAAAAAGGAAAUAUUUUUUCCCCCAGGAAUUCAAGAACACAUAAUGAUAGACUUUAGACAUUUCCAUGUAGUGUUAGACAGAGUCCAGGGAAAGUAUCAGCAUUAUAUGGUAGUGUGGUGAAUGAACAAAUUGGUAGUCAUUUUUUUCAUUGGAAUAUGCAUGGUUUUAAUGCUACAUUUGAAUACAGUACCAUAUUUUUGUGAGAGUAUGUGUUCUUUGUGAGAGUAUGUGUUUGUGUGGGCAAGUGUAUGUUUUCACUGGUUGCAAGUGUAUAGUUUUUCAUUCCAUUUGUGCAUAUAUUGUCAGAAUUCCUACAAUUGUUUUGUAACUCAUUAAACAGUAUACUUGAGCAAUCCACUAUAAGAUUGAAGCAAAUUUUUAAUUACAAUUAUCGAAAAAGUGCAUUAUUUUUCAAAUUUAGGUGAAAAUUAUGGCACAUUUAUGGUGCAGAAAGUUAAUAUUUUUAUUUUCUGAUAGAUAACCAAUCAGGAGUUUAUAAGCAACUGAGAUUUUUAUUUAUGAUGAAUUCAGUUAUAGCAGAUGCUAUGUAAAUGUGUUUGCUUUCUUCACCCAAGUUCAAUAUGGGAUUUAAACUGCAUUUCCUAUUAUGAUCCAUUGUCUUCCAUGGUACAUUGACUGUAUGUUAAUGUUUUAUAGAAUUGUUUUUGUGCCAUCUAGUUCUUAAUUCAAAACCAGAUAUGGCAUUUGAAAAUUUUGUUAUAUAAUUUUCCUAGUUCCUUUGUUUCAUGAAUAAAAAUGAUUGAAUAAAAAAGGAGGUUAUCAAAAUGGAAUUAA